UACAUAUAUGACAUCAGGUUGCCUGCACAGUGGGCUAGCUACUUUAGACUGUGCUAACCCCUUUGAAAAGAUCCUGGGCCAGGUGCAAGUUGCAACUGUCCUUGGUCACGUUGGUGUCUGGCUGCCUUGAGGGCUGGCAGGUUUGCCUAGGUGUAAAACGAAAAUCUCUCGAGGUCAAAAGCAGUCUGUCACGAAUCAGAUGAUGUCAGCAAGAAUGUGAGCGAUGAUGUCAGGCGAGGCCCUUGCUGCGGCUCUGAGAGGACCCCGCGAUGCCAGUGGCAGGGCAUACCGCGAGCUAGUAGAGUCACUGAUAACAGAAGCGGAGGUGGAUGGAGUGCAAGAGCGGGGCUGGCAGCAUCAGCGGCGGUCGCAGCUGCGCAUCGCCGAACUGGAGGCGAGAGAAGAUGAGAGAGCAGGCCGAGUAGCGCCGACGACCACCUCUUACGAGCAGUCAGCGGAGGACGAGGGCUCUGUUCGAAGGACGCUGAAUGACGACAGUGGUCAGGCUCCGCUGGCGUCCAGUGAAGCGUCGUCUGCGGAAAACAAUUCUCUGCUUGCGCGAGAAACAGGGGGCAGAAUCAGGGCACUCGAAGCGGAGCUGGCCCUGAGCAUCGAGCGCGAACAGGAAACCGUCCAGAAGUUGCGGGAGUGCGGGCCGUUGCUUUCUGCAGACUUCGGGGAACCAACUUUCGGAAGGCAUCCGAAAGUGGGCCGGGCAGGAAGAGAGAGUAAUCGGACGGAAUCGGACACGAGCGAUUGGGAAACGGAGAGUGAGUCGAACUCGCAGGACAGCACGCCUCUGCGGCGGCGCUCUCAGAAAGCGCCAACGGUUUCAGAAGACGAAGCUUUUGUGGCUCUGAAUAGAGUCCUAUCGAACAGCGGAACCGACAAGAGUGGGGCGGUCAGCAACGGGGAGAUGCCAGCAGAACGAACAGCUGCUGCGGAGCCGCAAAAUGCAGGUGUCACGGGCUCGGGCAAAGCGUCGGAAGUCUUGGACGAUGCGACUUUUUCAGAGGAUUUGAGACCGCGGAGCCCUGGUAGCUGGGAAGAGGUGGCCCAGGUGAAGGCGGAGCAACUAGAGGAGGCGAAGCUGCUGUUGACGGCGGUAAUGGAAGGCGAGCGAGCGGCGCUGGAAACGGUGGCGCGGCUGGAGCUGGAGCUCCAGGUGACCCGGGAAGAGAAACUAGAGGUGGAGAGAAAGGGCGCCGAGGCGGCGGCGAUUGCGAGCGCGCAGAUCGAGGCGCUGUCGGCGAUUGUGGAAGAGUCUGUCCGGAGGCUGAGGGAGAAGGAUGGUGUGAAUGGGGAUCGGUGGGAUGAGGGGUGGGGGUUUUUGUGGGGGAAUGAGGUGCGAACGGAGGACGAGUCGGCGGGAGAGUCUGCGGGCCGCCGAACACGAGAAGAGGGCGUCCGAUUAUGCAAACAAGGAGUCCGGACAGAUGAAGAGAGUGUCCGAUCAGGUGGAAGGGUCGUCCAAAAGGGUGAAGAGAGUAUUUCUAUGAGAGAAGUUGGGGUCCGAACCAGCAAAAGCAGCGUCCGAGGAUCGCCAGAAGCAAAAGCGGCGGACUCGCGAGGGAAUGAGGACGGGGACUCUGAAUCUUCAGGGACUUCUGCAACGGAGUCGGUCAGCGGAGCCGACGGUUUACGCCCGUCCGCUGAAUCGUCCAAAAAAACGCCAGGACGACGUGCAUCGUCGUCGGCACCGGAUUUGGGCGCUGUUCACGAGGCGGGUCCGUUGGACGAUUUGGAUCAUUCAGACCGUUCGGACGCUGACGGGUCCGAACCGGGAAGGCGCGUCUCGACUGUGGAAGAGUUGCGGGUGCGGGAGGCGGCAUACCGGACCCAGUGCGAAGAGCUGCAGCAGCAGGUGAGGAGGGCUUUGGAGCAAGUCGAGGCCCUGCGGAACCAGCAGAGCGAGCGGGAAGUCCGUGCGGCAGCCGCGUACGAGGCGCGGCUGUCGGCAUAUGUGAAGCAGAUGGUCGGCGUGCAGCGGGAGAACGAGGAGCUGCGGGGGCGGGAGAAAGCUCAUCAGAUGGAGCGGGAGCGCCUCCAGGAGCAACUAGACGCGGACCAUGAGAAGCGCCGGAACGAGUUUCACGCCGCCGAGGCACGUGUCGAAUCGUUGUCCGAAUCUCUCAGGGAGCUGUCCGACAGGCUGCUUGAACGGACGUUCGAACUCCAGCGGACCCGUCUCCGGACUCUGAAAGCCUCCAACGUUGAGAGUCAAGAUGACGUCAGCCGAGCUCUGCCAGGCGGGGAAGGAUUGAGAGCGGGGAGAGGGAAGGGAAAGAGUUCCGAGGAGGUUUCAAAAAGCUGUCGGGCGGUGAUGCGCGAGUUUGAGCGGGAAGCAGACGAGGUCGAAGAGGCGAUGGAACGGACGGCUGAGAUGGGCCGCGAGCUGGAGGAACGGACGGCUGAGAUGGGCAGGCGGCUGGAGGAACGGACGGCUCAAAUGAGUCGAGAGCUGGAAGAAUGGCAUGCGCACUUUGAAAAUUUGGUUGCGGAGCGGGAUCAUGCACUAGAGAAGAUUGGCAAUUUGGUGGCGGAAAAGAGGGAGUUGGAAGGGGUGAAAAGGGAGAGAGACGAAGCGUUGGCGAGAGAAAGGGUGCUCCUAGUGGAAUUGAAAGCGUUGGAAGGGGUGAGAGUGGAGAAAGGGAAGGCGGUUGAAGAUGCACGGGGGCUUCGAGCGCAGGUGGUGGAUUUGGAAAGAGUAAAGGUGGACUACAUGAAACGGGUCGCAGACCUCGAGUCCCGAUUGCGCGAGCAAGAGUCAAGUCUGGCGCAUUACAAGGCGGAGAUCCAGGAAGAGUUAGCGGGUCUUGCGGAGCACAUGCACGUGGCAGCUGCGGAACGGGCUCGGGAGGACGCUGAAUACCGAAAUCGGACGGAGGAGAGGGCUCGUACGCUUCGGACGCGAGAAGAUACAAUCGGACGGCUGGAGAACGAGGUUCGGACGCGGACGGAGACGAUGGAACAGCUAGAAAACGAAGUGCGGACGCGGGACGACACGAUCGAACGGCUCGAAACCGCAGUUCGGACCCUUCGGACGCAGGAGGAAACGAUCGGACGGCUGGAGAAUGGAGUCCGGACAGGGGACGAAGUGAUCGGACGGCUGGAGAACGAAGUGCGGGAGCUUAAGCAGCAGCUGUGGAACGAGAGAGAGCUGUCCGAAAGCGUUCGACAGCGGUUGCGAGCGACAGACAAGAGUGAGGGGCCGUCCGAAAGGGGCGGAGAAGAAUUCGGGAGAAAUAAGAGAGGGUUCGAGAAGCGGGUAGAGGUGGGACAGUCAGGAGCUAAAACGUCAGAAGGGAUCGAAGAGUGUCCGGAAUGUGGAGAGCGGGGGAGCGAAUCGGUGAGAGGGUUGUGGAUUGAGAAUGACAAACUGCGGGGAGAGAAGAGGCGGUUCGAAGACCAAGCAAAGGCGCGAGAAGCGGAGACAGAGCACGCGAUGAGGAGGGAAGAGACCAGGGUUGAGCGGUUGAACGGAAAAGUGCUGGAGUUGAUUGACGAGAGAGAGAGUUUUGCACAGGCGCUGAAUGAAGAUACGCGCAGACUGGUCGAUGAAUCCCAGGCGCGGGGGGCGGAGGUUCAGCGGUUGACGGUUUUGUUGAACGAGCAAGAGGAGAAGGUAGGGGAGUUGGAAGGCACUGUAAAGAAGCUACUAGAUGAGAAGGAGUUGUUGCAACUAGAGCUGGCGAGGAGCCAUGCGGGCAUGGAGGUGAUAGGAAGUCAAGGCGACUUUCUCCUGAGGGCCAAACAGGAGCAGGUAGAUGCUUUGACGCAGAAGGUGGAGCGUUUGGAACUAGAGGUGGGGGGAAAAUCGGAGGGGGAUUGGGACGCGGUUCAGAAGGAGAAGAUGAUCGCAGAGGUUCAGGAUAUCCUGGAGCAGUACAGUAUGGCGGGAGAAGAAAGCGCUCGCUGGGAAAGGUCAACGGAGAGAGAAGCGGAGGCAAAUAAGGAACGGAAUUUUGAGUCGGAAGGAACGGUUGCGGCGAGUGACGGGUCGGAGAGAUCGUUGGAGGGGUCUGAGGAACGGGUGUUGUCGGACGGACGGAGAGAGAGUGACGGUCCGGAGGUGUCCGAAGAUGCGCGGGGGUUUGAUCAGCCACGAGGGGUUCAAGUCCAUAAGAACGAGAGACGCUCGGAAAUGGAGGGGCCAGGGGCUAACGUCUUGGGUAAGCACGCAGGAAGUGGGACGGAAGAACGAGUUCGGACGGGCGUGCAGGCGGCGCCGUCCGGAAACGGGCGUCAGGCGGAAAGCGUUCGGCGGACGCUCGAGGCGGAGAUUGCAAGACUGAGAGAAAAGGUCCGCUUGCUGGAAGAAAGGCAGGGGCCUUUUGGGGAAGAAAGGACAAUUAGCGUCGAGCACGGAGGAUUCAGUUCAACGAGCGAAAGGAUUGGGACGGCACCUUUCGGAAGCAGGGAAGCGACGAGAGAAUCUGAAACUGUGGGAAUGCACACUGGAACUACGGUCGGGGAGUCGGUUGGGGCGUUAGCUGGGGCGGUUAAUGACGGGUUAGCGGGGCAGAACGCAGGGUCAACGGUUCCGCCGCCGUAUGAAAGCGCCCGGUUAAGUCCCGGGGAGCGGCAGAGUUCGGACUCCGGACAGGCGCGGGUGUGGAGCGAUAAGCGUCCGACUGGGGAGGAGGGGACGCCUAGCAAACAGGGCUUGGUGGGCGCUGUUUCGGCAGCGCAAGCUAGUCAGAGGGCGUCACAUGACGAGGCGAAGCUCGUCGAGGACAACGCGUCUCUGCGCUUGAAGGUGGCGGAGUUACGGGAGUCCAACCGGGAGCUUCAGUUGCGGGUCAAAGUGCUGGAGGACGACAGGUCCAAGCUUCUGGACAAGAUUGCGAGCUCCCAGGGCCCGGUCUUCAGUCCCGAUGCGGAAGGCCGCAUAGAAUCGCAGGCUGCGGAGAUCGCGGCGCUCCAGGCGCAACUGGCGGAGGCGGCCGCGCGGCUGACCGAGCAGCGGGGCCGCUACAAGCACCUCAAGGGGAAGUACUUGCGACAGCUGGCGCGCCAACAGGCCAUGCACGAGUACAUGCUCCAGGGGGGCGAAUCUCCUGCCAACCUGAGCCCCCGCUCAGGGGUGGCGCCGUCCGUCGGACGACCACGACCGUCCGUAGACGAAGCAAAGCCCCCGUCCGACGCCCCUACUACAAUUCCCCCCAGAAACGAGGCCAACGGCCGGGUUGGCACGUGGCCGGAACCCUGGAGCGACCUUGGCCCUGGGCAGCGGCAGGGCAUGGUCGCCCGAAACUCACAAAGACGGUGGGUCGGCGCUGAGGAGCAGGCGGUUCCUUACGGGCAUUCUUCGUUGCGACACUCGUCAGACGAAGCUCCCCAAAACGGCCAAAGGCGAAGCGACUUGAAUCUAAGAAGCGAGGGCAGUGACUCCGGCCAGCGGCAGAAUGACGGCCGGGAAAACGCGGGCGGACGGAGGGAGACGCUGGAUGAGGUUCCAGAACGGGGCCCCAGCUCGAUCCAGGGCCAGCCAGGUGCGGACACCCGAUUCUCAAAAUGGGAAAGAGGUGGACCGGCGUCUAGUCGUGGAGUUCCGCCAAAUGCGAGCAGCCAAAGGGCAAUCUCCGCAAACGCCUACGGACAGGGAAGACACGAGAGUCGCCUUCCGUCACCUUAUGGAAGCCGGGCUUCUUCUCGGCGUCCGAGCAGGACGGAUUCCGUUGCGACCCAUGGCGGAAUCCCGUCUGGCAGGCAGAGCCGGGCGGACUCCGCCCCCACGCACAGCCGGCUCUCCUCUCGGCGCUCAAGCCAGGCCGACUCCGCCGCCGCUCUCAGCGGAAUUCCGGUCGGCCUCCGGGUGCUCAUGGACGGGCGCCCGCUUCCUGGGUUCCCUGCGAAAGUGGAGGACUUAGGCGGAUACUUUGCAGAGGCACGUGCCCAAUCGGACGGCGCCAAUUCGAGCGCGAAACUGCCGUUCAGAAGGGCCUCGUCGCCCUACGUGUACAGGACGGCAGAACGGCGCACCAGUCGCGCGAGCUCCGCGCCGCCGAUGCGACCACGGUAUAAUCGGUCUAUCAAGGUUUGGGUCUAGUAGAUUCCCAGCGGAAAGCGAAGGGAUCUGUGCUCCAGACAGAUGCUUUUCAAAUGGGUAACUGGC